AUGGGAGUGUGCUUUGCAAAGAAGGACUACAACCUAGCGAAGCAUCCAACGAUCGAUGUACCAAAUCUUCAGGGGAUCAAGUUGAUGCAGAGCUUCAAAUCGAAGGAGUACGUGCGUGAGACCUUCGCUUGGAUGCAUUACUAUUGGUACCUCACCAAUGAUGGCAUCGAGUUCCUCAGGAGUUAUCUCAAUCUUCCAUCUGAGAUCGUGCCGACCACUCUGAAGAAGUCAACCAAGCCACUAAGUUGCCCUUUUGGCGGUCCUCCAGGCGAUCGUCUCUGUGGUCCAAGGUUUGAAGGGGAUAGACCAAGGUUUGGCGAUAGGGAUGGGUAUCGUGGGGGUCCUCGAGGGCCUGUAGGUGAGUUGGGGGGUGAAAAGGGUGGAGCACCAGCUGACUACCAGCCUGCUUUCAAGGUACGUUAUCUUCCCUGA